AUGCUGUCAGUUGAAAGAUUGCUCCUAGCUCAGACUUCCAGGAUGCUCUUAGACCAGUCUUUUGUGACUCUAGCCACAAACGAUUCCUAUGUGAAAGGAGCACUGGUGCUGGGCUCAUCCCUGCAGCAGUACAGAACAACCAGGAAGCUGACUGCACUCGUAACGCCUCAGGUCUCAGAUCUCAUGAGGAGAGUGCUGGAAAAAGUCUUUGAUGAAGUCAUAUUGGUGAAUGUCUUGGAUAGUGGGGAUUCAGCACACUUGGCGUUAAUGAAAAGACCUGAGCUGGGUGUCACACUAACAAAGCUUCACUGCUGGGAACUGACACAGUUUUCAAAAUGCAUUUUCAUGGAUGCAGACACAAUGGUUUUGUCAAAUAUUGAUGAGCUUUUUGAGAGAGAAGAGCUGUCUGCAGCACCAGAUCCAGGCUGGCCUGACUGUUUUAAUUCUGGAGUUUUUGUUUACCGACCUUCCAUUGAAACAUACAAUCAGCUGUUACAGUUUGCUGCAGAGAAAGGCAGCUUUGAUGGUGCAGAUCAGGGGUUAUUAAACACUUUCUUCAGCGGCUGGGCAACAACAGACAUGAGCAAACAUCUACCAUUUAUUUAUAAUUUGAGCAGCACUUCUGUAUAUUCCUACCUUCCAGCAUUUAAAGCGUUUGGUGCAAAUACUAAAGUGGUGCAUUUCCUGGGAAGCACAAAGCCAUGGAACUAUACAUAUGACUCCAGAACAAAAAGCAUAAAAGGCAACAUGGACGACCCUAAAAUAGUUCAUCCAGAAUUCCUCAACAUGUGGUGGAAUACCUAUACAGCUAAUGUUUUACCAUUACUAGAACAGCACGGAAUUGUUAAAGAAAGUACUUCAGGUGUAAACAUGGCAGAGGUUACAGAGGCAGUCUCCCACAUAUCAAUAUCAGCACCAUCACCAGUAUUACCAACUGUAUCUUCAGAAGAACGCAAGGAACGGUGGGAACAGGGCCAAGCUGACUAUAUGGGAGUGGAUUCCUUUGACAACAUCAAGAAGAAACUUGAUACCUACCUUCAGUAGAAAUGCCUGUCUCAAACAGUGGUGACGCAAGGACUUGUUCCAGAACUAACAGCUAGAAAGGUAUAGAUGGUGGUCAGUUACACUUGCUAGUAGCUUGAUGAAAAACUUCUUGGCUGAAGGCCUCUGCAGUGCUACAGAUGAAGACUGAGCAAAAGCUAGGAAGCAGAAUUGCUUGGGCCACCUGUAACUGCCCAAUUUCCAAUUCUCCCUACUAGAUAAAACCAGGUAUUUUCAGCUUAAAUUUUCUUCUGUUGUGAUCAAUUGGCUCAACAUAUUCCUUGAAACUGGGUUUGUUACCUCGCCUUAUUAAGGUGAUUAGCAUUGAUUCCUUUGCUUGCUGUUUUAGAUGUAAAAUCUAAUUCAUGGGAUUGCUCAUACACUAGAUUGGUAGCCAUUCUGCUUUACCAUAAAUGUAUUAAUGACACUGGGAUACAUACAGAUAUAACAGUAAUAGCACUGCUUUGCUCUUCCAGUCACAAUUGCACUGAAGUUUUGACCAGGUUCUUACGCACAGUGCCUACAGCAUGGCAGAAUGCAUUUUUCAGUUCUGUAUACUACGGGACUAGUAAACUGAGUUUUAUCUGUUACUUGCAAUGUUGCACUUGAUACAAAAAUAAAAAGUUGUCAUGCA